GUGGACUUUUUCUCCUUCGGCAUCCCAAGUUUCCUUUUCUUGGUAAAAUAAGGAAUUUAUACAUGUUGGACUUUCUUUCAUUAUUCCAAACUUGAAAAGCCAAACCAAACCCACAACAAGGAGCAUGUUCUUAUUAUGCUUCUUCUUCCCUCCACCCACUCCCUCACUCACUCUUCUUCCCAUCUCCACGCAUGCUUGAUUUCUGAUUCUGCUAAAUUCCUCCUCCAGCACAUUGAUUUUGUUCAAGUCCACCACUGAAGACAUUUAUGGAAACAUAUAGUUCAUCUGGAUCUUUCUGCUUCUGAUAUAAAAGAGGUGCACAUGGUUUCUUCAGACAAAAGUGCUGAUCGCAAUGUUUCUUCUGAUAAAUUGCAUCAGAGGCUGAGUUCUCAAAGCGAUAUUACUGUGUCACAAGAGACUUGUGAUGAUAAAAUUGAUUCAUCCAACCCGGAGGAAGCAAGAAGAAUUUCUUCUGUUGCAACUGAGAAAGAAGUGCAGGAUUCUGAUGCUACCCCUGAUGCUCUGCAAUCAGAUCAAGAAGGAAGUGCAUGUACCUCACCACUGCAGAGACCUGUGCAGAGUCCUAAUACUGAUUAUCGCCCAUUGCAAUCUAGAGAGGAAAGACCACCUGUUAUAUGUGAAAAGAUAUCAAAAGACAGUGUAGCCGAAAAAGGAGUGUGGGAUUCUGAUGCUUCUGCCAAUGCACGGAAAUCAGAGCAAUGGAGCAUAUGCUCUUUACCACAUGUGGAACCCUUGCAGAGUACUAGCACUAUUCCACGUGCAUUGCACGGUGGUCAGGGUGGUCCCUCUAUAGCACGUGAAAAAGUCUCCAAGGAUGGAUAUAACUGGAGAAAAUAUGGCCAGAAAAAUGUUAAGGGCAAUGAAUAUGUAAGGAGCUAUUACAAGUGCACACAUUCCAACUGCCCAGCGAAGAAGCAAUUGGAGCAGUCAAAUAACGGACAAAUUACAGAUACCAUUUGCAUUGGUCAGCAUAAUCAUCCUCAAGUGAACAGUCCACGAGCUGUCGAAGAAAAAUCAAAUAAGCCCUCUCUAGCCAACAUGGAAGACAAAACAUCCAUUGGGCAUGGAUGUGUGCCUCAACCGAACAAGUCUCUAGAAACUCAUCCAGUUUCAACAGUUUCCACGGUUGAUGAGGUCAAAGCUGCACCUUUACAGUCGACUAGAACAAGGGAUGAGGUUCUUGCCAAUGAGGAUCCUGAGUCAAACGCCUGUACAAUAUUACUCACAAAUUUAAUAUCAAACAGGAAGAAAAACAUUAGCAAUGCUGAUGCCUCUGGGGCUGAGAAGUCAGUUGGUGAAUCUCGUUAUGUCGUUCAGACUUCAAGUGAGGUUGAUUUUAUUAAUGAUGGAUACCGUUGGCGCAAGUACGGGCAGAAACUGGUAAAAGGAAAUCCAAAUCCAAGAAGUUAUUACCGGUGCUCGAGUCCUGGAUGCCCUGUCAAAAAGCAUGUGGAAAGGGCCUCUCAUGAUCAAAAAAUUGUGAUUACCACAUAUGAGGGACAUCAUGAUCAUGAAAGCCCCUCUGGAACGACUGUUAUUCAUAACGGAGCAGCAGAUACUUCCACAACAAUCAUCGAUAGUGACUCAGGAACCAAAUCUGGGGAAAACUCUGUUGGUGUUAAACCGGCAGAACAACAGAUUUGCUUGCACCUAGAAAGCAGGCCACGGGAGCAACCAAAUGGUGAGCAAAUUGCUAAGCCAAAGACUUGUGAUAUGGAUGAAUCUCAAGGGAUCGCUACGGGAGUCUCUGAAAGCCCUUCAAGUGAGAGAGAACAAAAUGGCAACACGGGCGCAGGAAAUGAUUCAGGCGUCCAUGGUACCACGUGCCAUUCAGGUUCUGAGCUUCCUUGUAGAUUAAACAAACAGCAGAAAGAAGAGGUAUCAGAAGAAAGUAAGUUAAACAAACGAUCUGAACCUGAUGCAGAUCCUGUCCAAAGCUAAAUUGGCAAUGCUCUUCAAAGUUGAAGCUAGUUUACUGAGGACCAAAAUAGCUGACAAUAACAUAGGUGAUGCAGGAAUAAGUUAAGUAUUAUAUGGGAUGAUGAUUGUUGUCUCUAUUCUAACCUUUUGUUUUCGCUUGCACCCUCUUGCUCUCGUCUUAGAAUUUGGAAAGGUUUACUAAUAAUAUAAGGGGAUAUUACUACAUUGGACAUUACUUGUAUACUACUAUUUAUAUGGGAUAAAUAAGUGAAGGAUGUACAAAAUCUUGUGGAUCUAUCUUAGUUUUCAUUUCCUUUUUUUUUUUCCCUUGACAAUGUAUUGUCAACUUUAGUAAUGUGCAGUUGUUGUUGUUGGCA